AUUGACACCACCUCAUAGAUUCAUAGUCAUACUUGCUUCUUCAAUCUUCAUUGCAUUCUUCAUUGCUGCAACUGUCAAACAAAAUCUCCAUUAAUUCCUUCCUUGCAUGCCAUCCAUUCCAAAUUCAAAUUCCAAUUCCAAUUCCCUUCGAUUAUUCAAAAGCCAAAACUUUGAAAACCUCAAAAUACAUUGAAUCUUCUUUAAUUGAAAAAGAAGCUUCCUCCCAAUAACACCAAGCUUGGAAUAACAUUCACACCUGCUUUGCCUACCACCACAUGAAACGAAAAUAAAAACCUAACCCUCAAAAGAAAUCACAUCAAAGUUUCCGCUUUUGAAUCAAUAAAGAAAAAAUUGACACGAACCCCACUGAUCUCUCCUUUCUCGCUUUCUCUACAAUAGUGAUAUCUGUCGCCUUCAAUUGCGACUUUGCAGUUUGCACCACUUUACCGCAUUGCAACUUUCUCUUUCGUGUGUAUAAAAAUCAAAGCUUUUUUGUUUGGGUCUCUUUUCCUUUUGUGGUAUGAAUCAAGUUGGUGGGACAAAGGGCCCAGUGGUGGAGGUCGUGGAGGACGAGGAGCCGGAGGCUGUGGCUGAGGCUCAAGAGAAGAAUGAAGCAGUGGAAUUGAGUGGUGAACAGAAGCAGCCACCUGUGGAGAAUCCAAUGGAGGAAGACUCAGUCACUACCACCCCUGCUACAGUUUUUUGCAUUAGGCUUAAGCAACCAAAGUCCCUUUUGCUCCACAAGAUGAGUGUCCCUGAAGUUUGCCGCAAUUUCAGUGUAGUUUCCUGGUGUGGAAAACUGAAUGCUAUAGCUUGUGCCUCUGAAACAUGUGCUAGAAUUCCCAGCUCAACUGCAAAUCCACCAUUUUGGAUCCCUAUACAUAUUGUGAUCCCAGAGAGGCCUACUGAAUGUGCAGUAUUCGAUGUCCUAGCAGAUUCUCCUCGUGAUUCUGUACAGUUUAUUGAGUGGUCCCCUACUUGUUGUCCCCGUGCAUUAUUGAUAGCUAAUUUUCAUGGGAGGGUAACUAUUUGGACUCAACCAUCUCAAGGGCCAGCUAAUCUUGUACGUGAUACUAGCUACUGGCAGCUUGAGCAUGAGUGGCGACAAGAUAUUGCAGUUGUUACAAAGUGGCUAUCAGGGGUGUCUCUGUAUAGGUGGCUUUCAUCUAAGUCUAGCGGUGCUGCCAAUUCGAAGUCAAUAUUUGAGGAAAAGUUUCUUUCACAACAGUCUCAAACCUCAGCUAGAUGGCCCAAUUUUCUUUAUGUGUGUUCUGUGUUCUCAUCAGGCUCGGUUCAACUUCACUGGUCACAGUGGCCUCAUUGCCAGAAUGCAGCACCAGUUAGAUGGUUUUGCACUAGUAAAGGGCUACUGGGUUGUGGACCCAGUGGCAUUAUGGAUGCUGAUGCUAUCAUCACGGACAGUGGUGCCAUGCAUGUCGCAGGUGUGCCAAUUGUGAAUCCAUCCACCGUUGUUGUUUGGGAGGUUAUGCCUGGUCCUGGAAAUGGUUUCCAAGCAACUCCGAAGACAAGUAUCAAUAACUGUGCCCCACCUCUUAGUCCACCAAACUGGAGCGGAUUUGCCCCUUUAGCUGCCUAUUUGUUUAGUUGGCAAGAUUAUCUGAUAUCCGAAGAAAAGCGAGGGAAAAAGCUAACAGACCAAAAUAUUGGGGAUUCUAUACCACUUCAUUGCUCCCCAGUUUCGAAUUUUUCAGCAUAUGUGAGUCCUGAAGCUGCAGCGCAAUCUUCUGCAGCCACAACAUGGGGCUCUGGUGUAACAGCAGUAGCCUUUGAUCCAACUCGAGGUGGCUCCGUGAUAGCUGUUGUGAUUAUUGAGGGACAGUACAUGUCCCCUUAUGAUCCAGAUGAGGGGCCAUCAGUUACAGGGUGGAGAGUGCAACGCUGGGAAUCAUCUUUACAACAUGUUGUCCUCCAUCCAAUAUUUGGAAACCCUACUUCCAGUAUGGGUGGACAGCCUCCUAUGCAAACUGUUUGGCAGUCCAAAGUGGACCUGAGCAUUCCCCCAACAAAUGACUUCAAGAAUCAUCGAACACAUGCAGUUGGAAUGAAAACUAAUGUGCAAAAGGUAUCCGAAUCUAGUUUUAAAGGGGUAACUUUUGAUCCUUUUGAUCUUCCAAGCGAUGUUAGGACACUUGCCCGUGUUGUUUAUGCUGCUCAUGGUGGUGAAAUUGCCAUUGCUUUUCUUCGGGGUGGAGUCCACAUAUUUUCUGGUCCAAAUUUUGCACCUGUAGACAACUUUCAGAUUACUGUAGGAUCUGCAAUUGCUGCUCCUGCGUUUUCUUCAACGAGUUGCUGUUUAGCUUCUGUUUGGCAUGACACAUGCAAGGAUCAAACAAUAUUGAAAAUAAUCCGGGUUCUUCCUCCUGCUAUCCCAACUAGUCAAGUAAAGGCCAACUCUUCAACAUGGGAGCGUGCAAUUGCUGAAAGGUUUUGGUGGAGCCUUUUGGUUGGAGUUGAUUGGUGGGAUGCUGUGGGCUGUACACAGAGUGCGGCUGAAGAUGGUAUUGUUUCGCUAAACAGCAUUAUUGCAGUCUUGGAUGCAGAUUUCCAUUCUCUUCCUUCUGCUCAGCACAGACAGCAGUAUUGUCCUAGUCUAGAUAGGAUAAAGUGUAGGCUACUUGAAGGAGCAAAUGCUCAAGAGGUCAGGGCAAUGGUUCUGGAUAUGCAAGCUAGGUUGUUGUUGGAUAUGCUUGGUAAGGGAAUUGAGUCUGCUUUAAUAGAUCCUUCGGUUUUAGUGCCUGAUCCUUGGCAAGUAUCUAGUGAUACACUAUCGAGAAUUGAUGCCCAAGCUGUAUCUGUUGAACCAGCACUAAUGCCAAGUAUUCAGGCCUAUGUCGAUUCUGUACUUGAUCUGGCUUCACAUUUUAUCACACGGUUGCGGCGUUAUGCAAGUUUCUGUCGUACAUUAGCAACUCAUGCUGUGACUGCAGGGACUGCUAGUAACCGAAAUAUUGUUCCUAGUUCUGCUGCCCAAAGUUCUGCAACUCCUGCACCUAGUCAAGGAGCACAAAAUGGGACUACCAGUUCUAGUGGAACCCCACAGAUGCAAGCUUGGGUACAAGGUGCUAUUGCCAAGAUUAGUAACCCAGCUGAUGGUGUGUCCAACCCAACUCCUAACCCUCCAAUCACUGGUCCUCCGUCAUUUAUGCCCAUUAGUGUUAACACAGGAACUUUUCCUGGAACACCUGCAGUUAGGCUUAUUGGGGACUGUCACUUCCUUCAUAGAUUAUGCCAACUUUUGCUCUUCUGUUUUUUCUUUCGACGAGCACAACUCCCCCGCUAUGCUGGUGGUGCGCAUAGAACCGCCGAUGCAAAUGCACAGAAACCUCAACCUAAUGCUUCUGCUCCAGGCAACGUGGAUGAGGUUGCAAAACCAGUGUCCACUGUAGUUAAGUCUGAUGAUGGUCAGACAAAUCGAAUUGGUCAGGUUGUGCCUGGGGCAAAAGGAAGUGAAGAACCAACUUCUGGGCGGUCAAGAGUUGGUACUGGAAAUGCUGGUCAAGGAUAUACGUUUGAGGAGGUCAAAGUUCUUUUUCUCAUUCUUAUGGAUCUCUGUCGGCGAACUUCUGGGCUGCAACAUCCGUUACCAGUUUCUCAGGUGGGAAGCAGCAACAUUCAGGUUCGGCUGCAUUAUAUUGAUGGGAACUACACUGUACUGCCAGAAGUUGUGGAAGCAUCCCUUGGCCCACACAUGCAGGUAACUUUGUGUUUGCUCAUUCAAGAGUCAAUACUUUCUUGAAGACAAAUUAAACUAGUUAUAACUCAAAUAGUAUAUGAUACCAUAUAUACAUACAUUUACAUAUUAAAUUAAAGGAUUUACUUGUUACUAAUGGAAUCUAACCCCUGUUCUUCUUUAGAUCUACUUGUUUCACUCCGAUAGUAUCAUAAAUCGAGUCAAUACAUAGGAAAUGAAUGCAUUUCAAUACUAUUAAGUUAAGUGAAAUCGAUAAGACGGAAUCCGUAUUAGACCACUUCACUUAUUUUAGUUUUAGUGGAUCUUACGAAGCCCGGUCAUCCAGGACAUGAUCAAGUCUGAUCAUAGAAAAGAAUCUCUUCAAGUGAACCGGCCUAUCCUCUGUAGGGGGGCUUGCGCGGUGGUUGGAACAAAGAGACACAUUUUAUUGCAAAUUAAAAUGCGGCAGAUAUGAAAAAGUCAUCCAUUAUAUAUA